AACCUUACACUGACCUCCUCCUCCUCCUCCUCUUCCUCCUCCUUCAGGUUCUUCUACGCCUUCUACUGGAUGAUCAACGCCGGCGCCUUCGUGGGACAGUUCAUGACGGCGCAGCUCCGGGACAGCGUGCAGUGCUUCGCGGACGACUGCUACCUCCUGCCCUUUGUCAUCCUGGUGGGUCUGAUGGCGGCCUCCACGGCGGUGUUCGCGGCGGGCCGGUCCCGCUACACCGAGGCGCCCCCGGAUAACAUGUUUGUGCAGUGUGUGAAGUGCAUCGGCCACGCCCUCAGGAAGCGCUGGGACAAGGACCGCAAGCCCGUCGAGCACUGGCUGGACCGCGCGCAGGACAGGUUCGACGGGGCGCUGAUCCGUGACGUGAAGGCCACACUACGGGUCCUCUGUCUCUUCUGCACCUUCCCUCUCUUCUGGGCGCUCUUCUACCAGACCUCCACCGGCAUGAUCUUCCAAGCCAAGCGACUGGACGGCCUCGUUGGGUCAUACCGCAUUCCACCCGAGAUGUCUUCCACUGUAAACCCCCUUUUGAUCCUCACCCUGAUCCCCCUCUUCGAUUUAGUGGUGUACCCCAUUCUGGACCGGCUCGGGGUGCUAACGAAAACAACGUCCAGGAUGAUCGUCGGCAUGUGCUUCGCUGUGUGCGCCUUCGUGGUCUACGCCUUCGUGAACAUCAGCGUCGAACAAGUGAUUCUGGGACCCGGUCAGGCAAGGGUUCAUUUCUACAACGCCUUAGACUGCCCAUCCACUGUGAUCCACCCGCCGGGCAUGGAGGUGGAGGGCAUGGUGGAGGUGCCCGCUGGUGGUGUUCACGUGCGGGAUGUGGAGUUAGGUGAGGGUGUGGACUCAGUGGAGGUGGUUAUGAAGGCGAUAUGUUACUCGGGCAAGGAGGAGGUGAGGGUGGUGUUGCCGGUGGAAGGGGCGCAUGAGUCCACCCUCCUUCUCGCCCCCUCCGGCCCCCUCCCCCUCCCCCCCACCCUGGACUACAUCAAGGACGAGGAUGCUGAGGCCAAGGUCCGCGUGAUCACCCCAGACCAGAGCAUAACGAACCUCACCCUAAAAUACGACACCAUACUCCAGCAUUUCACCCUUGAAGCAAACGCCCUCUGGUCACCCUUCAAAAGAAUCUCCCCGCAAGACUACUCCGUCCUCACUACGACCGUCGGCGACCUGGACAGCGGGGAGUCAAUCGGGGAGGCUUUAGUGCGGCAGGACGGAGUGUACGAUCUCGUGGUCAGCGCAGAAGGGAAGGAUCUGAGCGUGUUCCCGAUGACCCCGCCCGCUCAGGUGCAUAUGAUGUGGCUCUUCCCGCAGUACCUCCUCAUCACGAUCGGCGAGGUGCUGUUCUCCGUCUCCGGCAUGGACUUCGCGUACUCCCAAGCCCCCGCCGCCAUGAAGUCGACGCUCCAAGCCGCGAAUUUGUUUGCGAUUACGGUCGGCUUGUGGCUCUUCGCUGGCCUGACUUCGAUCGCGUCCGCCACGAAGUCCUUCGAGCACAGAGCCUCGCACGAAGCCUUCCUCUACGCCGCGCUCAUGGGCCUCAACACCCUCAUCUUCGUCCUCCUCCUCCGCUGGUACUACAGGAAGGACUCCGCUUCCUCCUCAUCGCCCUCAUCCCUCUCCUCCUCUCCUGGGCCUUCCUCUCCUGCGGCCUCUUCUGAGGAUAAUAAGAAAACUGAAGAGAAGGGGAAGAAUGAAGCGCAUCUCAACCCUGCUUUUGUGGACGAUCAUGCUGUGUAGAGAGAGAGAGAGAGAGAGAGAGAGAGAGAGAGAGAGAGAGAGAGAGAGAGAGAGAGAGAGAGAGAGAGAGAGAGAGAGAGAGAGAGAGAGAGAGAGAGAGAGA